UACUUGGAAUGUGUUCCAAUUAUAUAGAGUACAUAACAGUUGUCAUUUACAAUUACUCAUCACAAGCAUUGCACAAAUUUGACUCAAAACCACCUCAGCAUAUCCAAUAAUUUCCGUGACAAAAUAUAUUUUCCUAAAUUAAUCUUUCUAUUCUUACAACAAUUGACUUCAUUUUUCUCAUUUUUAAACCUAAAUCAGUCAACCAAUUUAUUUUAUUUCUACCCAAAAAAUCUCUACUUUUCUUCAUAAACCCCUCUGUUUUUCUUUAAGUUAAGAACAAGAAAAAAAACCCAAAUUUCUGAAGUAAUUUUAAAAGGAAAUGAGGGAUGUUUUCUGGGGUAAAAAAAAAUGCAUCUGCUUGUUGGAGACCUGUUCGACGAUAUGCGCGAAUGAAUAAGGACACUAAUGAUGAUGAUUCUACACACCAUGAUAGAAAUGAUGAAAAUUCUGGUAGUAAUUCGGGUGCUAGAACAAGUUUUUCUAGUGAUCAUCCUUUACUUUGGUCUAGAGAUUUGGAGAAGCAUUUUCUCGGAGAAUUCUCUUUUGCUGUUUAUCAAGCUAAUGAUGUUAUUGAAGAUCAGAGUCAAGUUGAAAUCGGACGUAAUGCUACUUUUGUUGGUGUUUAUGAUGGUCAUGGUGGUCCUGAAGCUGCUCGUUUUAUCUCUGAUCAUCUUUUUCUUCAUCUUAUCAAGCUUGCACAAGACAGAAGAACAAUGUCGGAAGAUGUCAUCAGGAAUGCUCUUUCUGCAACCGAGGAUGGGUUUCUUACGCUUGUCUCAAGGACAUUCAAAAUAAAGCCCAAGAUUGCUGCAAUUGGAUCUUGCUGUCUAGUUGGUCUUAUUUGGAGAGGGACACUAUAUGUUGCUAAUUUGGGUGAUUCUCGAGCAGUAAUAGGUUCGUUAAGUCGAUCAAAUAAGAUAGUCGCGGAGCAGUUAACCAAAGAGCAUAAUGCUUGUAGGGAGGAGAUCCGAGAAGAGCUUAGGUCCACACAUCCUGAUGAUUCUACCAUUUUGUUAAUGAGACAAGGGGUUUGGCGAAUCAAAGGCAUUAUUCAGGUCUCUAGAUCCAUCGGUGAUGCCUACUUAAAGAGUCCGGAACUUGCAAUGGAUCACUCAUUUCCACGAUUUCACUUCAACGAACCCAUUAGACGCCCUGUACUAACAGCUGAACCAUCAGUAUGCACCCGAGUUCUCAAACCUACCGAUCAGUUUCUAAUUUUUGCCUCGGAUGGCCUUUGGGAGCACUUCACCAACGAAGAAGCUGUUGAGCUUGUUCACAAUAGCCCUCGAAUGGGCAUCGCAAAACGACUUGUCCAAAAGGCAUUAAAGAAGGUUGCAAGAAGAAUGAACUUAAAAUACGAAGAUCUGAAGAACGUGAAAAAAGGGGAACGAAGAAAAUACCAUGACGAUAUUACUGUGGUCGUCAUCUUUUUAGAUCACGACUUGCUGAACGCAGAGCACAGCUUCGAGAUACCUCAAGUGUCGGUACAAGGGUUUGUCGAUACUUGUGGGCCAUCGAAAUUUAACGUCCUACAGCAGACAACCUGAAGGAGAAGGACCUGCUGAUUACCGUGCAUUCAUUUUUUAGCUAUAAAUGUUGGUUUUCGCAUGGUUAUAGGGAACUUGUAUAAUAUGUAAUAUGCAUAUUCUGGAUAGCAAACUUGAUGACAUAUGUAGGAUUUUUUUCAGGCUUAAUCAGAUGAUAGUUUGUACAAAACUAUAACAUAAGCUCAUGGAGCAUUUUUUUUACCGAUUUUGAUUAACUGAAUGAAAUUAAUGUUUUCAAUAA